GUUAGAUCAGCGUAGCAGUCAAAAAAACGGGACACUAAAUUAGGCUCAAAAUACGGGACGUCCCGGCUAAAACGGGACAGUUGGCAAACAGCACCCUUACCCCCUGCUGUAUUACGGAUAACUGGUGGGGUAGGAACUUUGGGAGUCGAGACGGAUGGAGUAAGGUUCUCAAGAAACAUGACUGCCAGCACACGACCCUCCAGGAUGGGAGACAGUGGCGCAUGCGAAGAGCCUGCUCGGCAUGGUCCUUUGCCACUACACACUGGACCAGGCAACCCUACCAAGUUCCAGUAGGGCAGACGAACCAAAUCCCCCCACUCCUGCAAGGGUGGGUGGGUCAUAAAGAACGGCGAUGAUGUAUGCUCUGGCCAAAACCUCUACCAUUCUGCGUUCGAGGCCCCCAGCAUCUCAGGAAACAGGGCUGUCUACUGGGGUCCUUUCUGGACAGUUCGUUCUGUCAGAAUGAGACUGGCUGACCCAAGCGCAGACAGAUGAGGUUAUAACAAAGACUUUAUUUACAAACAAAAAAACGGGAGAACAAAGCCCACAAGGGUGUAAAACAAAAAAAAAACUUAAGUAGAGCAGACCAGGAAAGCACAGUUAGAAUAAACAAUGGCUAUGUGCUCUCACAAAAAACACGUAGGGCUGUCAUGAUCCUGUCACAACACUAGAAACGAAUAUUGCUUUUAUUGCUAGUUGAAAGAUUAAAGAAAUAACGAACGAAGGUUCAGGAAGGAACUUAGGCAAUUUUUAUUUUGUGAGAUAGUUCAGCGCUUUCGUAUAAGAGCAGCUUUGAGGUAAACAAUAACCAGAGUAGAGAUCAUUUCAUGAAGAGGAGAACAUGAAGCUUUAUCUGUAUCAAGCCAUCUUUACACUUCUGGUCUGUGAAGGACUCAUUAAAGGAGACCAAGUUUUCCGAAUCCAUGCGGAAACUGAGGACCACCUUGAGGUUCUGAAUAAGCUGAAAGGAAACCGGGAGCUGGAUUUCUGGACUGAUGGCAUCUCUACCGCUCUGCCUGUUGAUAUCCGUGUGCCUCACGCCAGUCUGUACGCUGUUAAAAAAUUCCUCAAUGGAAAGAAGAUCCCUUUCACAGUCAUGAUCAACAAUGUGCAGGAACUUCUGGAUAAGGAGAAAGCAGAGAUGAGGAAAAAUGCAGCGAUGGAGAGCAGUAGCAAGAUCUUUAACUUUACUACUUAUCACACCCUGGAUGAAAUUUACAGUUGGAUGGAUACUCUUGUUGCGGCUCACUCUAAUGUCGUCUCUAAAGUGGACAUUGGCAAGUCUUAUGAGAACCGGCCCAUGUAUGUCCUCAAGUUUAGCACAGGUGGAGCAGGAAAACCAGCGAUCUGGAUUGACGCUGGAAUCCACGCCAGAGAGUGGAUUUCCCAUGCAACUGCAGUGUGGAUAGCCAACCAGAUUGCCGCAGACUUUGCAAGUAAACGUGCCCCUGUGCCUAAAAUCCUGGGUGUAAUGGAUAUCUACAUGUUGAUUGUGGCAAACCCCGAUGGAUACGUCUUCUCCCACACUUCCCCAAAUGAACUUUACCGGUUUUGGCGUAAAAAUCGUUCUGUGACCUCUAACCCCAAAUGUCGUGGCGUUGACAUCAAUCGGAACUGGGAUGCUGAAUUUGGGACUCCUGGAGCCAGUGACGAUCCCUGUGCUGAAGACUACCGCGGCCCUUCUGCUAACUCUGAGAUUGAAGUGAAAAAUAUGGCCAAUUUUAUUGUGAACCAUGCAAACUUUAAAUCUUUCAUUACUCUUCACUCAUUUAAACAGCUCCUUAUGUAUCCUUACGGUUAUACUGGAAAAGACACUCCUGACAAAAGUGAACUUCACAGUGUGGCUCUGUCUGCAGCAAAUGCACUCAAAUCUUGGCAUGGCACUGUCUACCGAGUCGGAAGUAUCUUUAGCACUAUAGAGCAAGCUAGUGGUGCAAGUAUUGACUGGGCUUACAAUCGUGGCAUCAAAUAUUCCUAUGCUUUUGAGCUGCGUGAUACUGGCACAUACGGAUUCCUCUUGCCUGCGAACCAAAUCGUUUCAACUUCAAGAGAGACCUGGCUUGCUAUCAAAUACAUCAUGGAAUAUGUUUGUGAUAAACUUUAAGAUAAAUUUACAGAUGUCUUAAAGCUUCUAAUAAAAUACACAGAAGAUGUGUAUCUGAAAUUCUAAAAAAAUAAUAAGAAUGUUUUUGACAGACAUAAAUAUAAUACAUUUUAAACAAAAAUCUU